GAGGAGUGAAACAGUGAGGAAAGGAGGAGGAGGUGAAGCUGCAGGACUCACCACCACCACCACCGCCGCCACCACCACCACGCCUCUCCACGGCAACUCAGUCAGCCAUAUUGGCUGUCUGUGCCUUCUUGUCUCCGGCAGCAGUAGCAGCAGCAUUAGCGGUGGUAGCAGUAGGAGUCUGGCGGGCGUUGGAGCAAGUCUCCACCGGUGAAGCCCGUACGCAGCUCCCGCAGUUUGUUUGUUUGUUUUUUACGUCGCCUGCGCAGAGGAAAACGCCAAAAAAAAACCGCGAACUAUUUUUAUUCGCCCUGUUGGAUUUAUUUAUAUAUUCAAACUCUGGGUGCCAGCAGCAGGAGAGGGGGAACAGACACAUCUUCAGUAAGUGCUCCUGUUUGGUGUCCUGGACGUGAGGAGACGGAAAACCACACAUCUCCAGUUUUUCAGUAAUAAGGGACGGGCAUAGAGAGGAGGAAGAUGCCCAAACCGAUAAAUGUGCGCGUCACUACUAUGGACGCUGAGCUGGAGUUCGCCAUCCAGCCCAACACAACAGGCAAACAGCUCUUCGACCAGGUGGUGAAGACUGUAGGUUUAAGAGAGAUUUGGUUCUUUGGUCUGCAGUACACGGACAGUAAAGGCUACGUGACAUGGCUUAAACUCAACAAAAAGGUGACUCAACAGGAUGUGAAAAAGGAGAAUACGUUGCAGUUCAAGUUUAGAGCGAAGUUCUUUCCUGAGGAUGUUUCUGAGGAGCUCAUCCAGGAGAUCACACAGAAGCUCUUCUUCCUGCAGGUUAAGGAGGCCAUUUUGAACGACGACAACUACUGCCCUCCAGAGACAGCCGUACUGCUGGCCUCAUACUCUGUCCAGGCCAAGUAUGGAGAUUAUAACAAAGACAUCCUUAAUCCUGGAUACCUGGCAUCUGACCGGCUACUUCCGCAAAGAGUUCUAGAGCAGCACAAGUUGACAAAGGAGCAGUGGGAGGACAGAAUACAGACCUGGCACGAGGAGCACAGAAGCAUGCUCAGGGAGGACGCAAUGAUGGAGUACUUAAAAAUCGCUCAGGACCUGGAGAUGUACGGUGUCAACUACUUUGAAAUCAAGAACAAGAAGGGAACCGAGCUGUGGCUAGGAGUCGACGCCUUGGGACUCAAUAUCUACGAACAUGAAGACAAGUUGUCUCCGAAGAUCGGCUUCCCCUGGAGCGAAAUCCGAAACAUCUCUUUUAGUGACAAGAAGUUUGUCAUCAAACCUAUUGAUAAAAAAGCUCCUGAUUUUGUUUUUUAUGCUCCUCGUUUGCGCAUCAACAAGCGCAUCCUGGCCUUGUGUAUGGGAAAUCAUGAGCUGUACAUGAGGAGGAGGAAGCCUGACACUAUUGAGGUGCAGCAGAUGAAGGCUCAAGCUCGGGAGGAGAAACAUCACAAACAGAUGGAGAGGGCGCAGCUGGAGAACGAGAAGAAAAGGCGAGAGCACGCUGAGAAAGAAAAGGAGCGAAUAGAGCGAGAGAAGGAUGAGCUGAUGCAGAGGCUGAGGCAGAUUGAGGAGCAGACGCAAAGAGCACAGAAAGAGCUAGAGGAACAGACUCGCAAAGCUCUGGAGUUAGAGCAGGAGAGGAAGCGAGCAAAGGAGGAGGCGGAGCGUUUGGAGAAGGAGAGGCAGACAGCAGAAGAGGCCAAAGCUCUGCUGGCUCAACAGGCUGCAGACCAGAUGAAGAACCAUGAACAGCUGGCUGCUGAAUUAGCAGAGUUCACCGCCAAAAUCGCUCUACUGGAGGACGCAAAGAGAAAAAAGGAAGAAGAAGCAACAGAAUGGCAACACAAAGCCAUUUCAGCACAGGAGGACCUGGAGAAGACCAAAGAGGAGCUAAAGACGGCCAUGACGUCUCCGCCGGCGCCAGAACACGACGAGCACGACGAGACAAACGCAGAGGCGAGCGCCGAGCUGCACAGUGACGGCGUGACCAGGCACCGCAGCGAGGAGGAGAGAGUCACCGAGGCCCAAAAGAACGAACGUGUCAAGAAGCAGCUGCAGGCCUUGAGUUCAGAUUUGGCUGAAGCCCGAGACGACACCAAGAAAACACAGAACGACAUGCUGCACGCCGAGAACGUCAGAGCAGGAAGAGACAAGUACAAAACCCUUCGUCAGAUCCGACAGGGAAACACCAAACAGCGCAUCGACGAGUUUGAGUCCAUGUAAAGUGUAGAUUCUGUCAGUGCAACGAAUCCCUUGAAUUUCUGCCACCAGGGGGCGAACUCAUCCUGGAGAAAGACCAGCUUCUUCGCUUCAGCAUCGCCAAAGCUCUGCUGCUGAACAGCGGUCAGCCAAUCACACCGCUACCUGCAUUCUAGAGCUCCGCCCCUUUGCCCCCUACCCCUUUUAAUGAGUUCGAAAAAUAACCAGCAGUGUUUGCUGUCAAACAUGGACGCCUCCCUUUUACAGUACUGACAAUUUAACGCUUGCACGUAAUGACAAGGACAGAAUUGGUUUAUCAGACGGCCAUCGUAGCCUCCUGACGUCGCUGGCACAACGUGUCCAUUAAGCUUUAAUAUCUGUACCUAACUUUUACUUUCCACAUCUUACCUAAGGUGAACAAUUUAAAGAUUUUGUUCCAUUUCAGGAUAAAAAGAGAAAAGAAUAAUAACGCCUUAUUUGUCUUAAUUCGUCUAGAGUUCUUUUAAUUCUCACAUUUGAACAUGGAGAGUAGCGAAGACUCACACAGACUAAAUUUGUUUUUAACGCCAACCUUUGCUUAGCCGCUUUUUGACGGAAAAAUCUACAUUUCCACCCCAAAAGAUAGAUCAUCAGGAUGCUUUUCUGUAAUUAAAUUGCUGAUUUGGACCGGAACAACAACUUUUCAAGAAUAACGGAGAGACACUAGAAAGCAUUAGCAGCAAUUGUUAGCCACCAGGGUGUAUCUAUACUAGCUGCUGCGUCUCACAACUAUACGUUUGGCCAAUUAUGGACUGUAAGAAUUAAAAUCCACACAUACCUUUACAAAACGAUGAAAGUAGUGGUUAUCCACCAGAGGGCGUCUUAAUUUGAUUUAUAACAUCAAUAAAUAUUUUCAUGAAGAGUUAA